AUGCCAUCUCCAAGCCCAUUCGUUAUCCACGACACCAGGUUUCAGGCCAUCCUCGGCGAAACUCCGACUCUCGAACUUCUCGCCGAGAACAAAGCAUACCCUUUCGCUCAUGAAGCGGGCGUGUUCAUCCCUGAGCGCAAUGAACUCCUAAUAACGAGCAAUCGCAUUCAAGAUCCAGACUCGCCUGGAGGUCAGCGCGUUCAAGUAACGAAAGUCCAUCUCAACAAUGGCUUCUCUACCUCGAUACACUCAAAAACAGGAGCAGUAAAAUGCGAGGAACUUACUGUUCCCAUCCCCAUGGCCAACGGCGGUGUCAACUAUAAAGAUGGUAUACUUAUCUGCGCCCAAGGCUCGAUGGAUGCACCAAGCGGGCUAUAUCACAUGUCCACCGAGCCUCCCUACGCAGCAACCCUGCUCAAAUCUGACUUUCACGGUCGCCCGUUCAAUUCAGUGAACGAUGUUAUCGUCCACACAGAUGGGAGUAUCUGGUUCACUGACCCAAUUUAUGGACAUGAGCAGGGGUAUCGGCCGCCACCCCGUCUGCCGAACCAGGUUUACCGGUUCGAUGCCGAAUCUGGGAGUAUCCGCGCAAUGGCAGAUGGGUUCGGCAGGCCGAAUGGGAUCUGCUUCUCGCCGGAUGAGACCGUGGUCUAUGUGACCGAUACAGAUUGGAUCCACGGGGACGGGACCACAGACGAUACACGGGCGUCGUCUAUCUACGCGUUCGACCUUAUAACCCGCCACAACCAGCCCUUCCUAGUCAACCGGCGCCUCUUCGCAAUGGCCGACAGCGGCAUCCCUGACGGGAUCAAAUGCGACCUGGAAGGUAACGUAUACAGCGGCUGCGGCGACGGCGUCAACGUCUGGUCUCCUGGGGGCGAACUUCUAGGCCGAAUAUUAGUUGACGGCGGUGUUGCGAAUUUUUGCUUUGGGAGGGAAGGCGAGAUGUUUCUUUUGAAUGAGCAUCGGCUUUGGAGGGUGAAGUUGGCGGGGGGUGUUAAGGGGGCGCUCCUUAGGAUUUAG